AUGUCUGGAUGGGGUGUCCCCAGGGAGCCAGAUGAGUACCUCGGGCCCGUGGUGGGGUACGGAACCCACACUCUCCGCUACGACCUCAUGGCCCUGUCCCUGGACAGGCCUGGGAAACCCCAGUUCCUGGCCCUGGGAUACUUUGAUGAUGAGCUCUUCUUGCGCUAUGAUGGCGAGAGUCAGAGGGCAAAGCCCUGGGGUCUAGGGAUCAAGAUGGACCUGGGAGCUGAGACCUGGGAGAGAGACCAAGGACCUGAAGGAGAAGGAGCGACAACUCAGACAGUUGCUGACAGAGAUCACGGGCCAGCAGGGCCAGGGCUCAGGCAGGACUUCCUCACCUUCCACUCACAGACCCUCACUUGGACGUUGGCCACGCCCUCAGCCCAGCACAUCAAGAAGCUCUGGGAGACCCAAGGCCCCAGGGCUGAUCUGGUUAAGGAUUUCCUGCGUGUGACUUGUCCUGCCCAACUCUGGAGAUACCUGGCCUCCUGGAGGGGCCUCCUGGAGAAUACAGGUCCCCCGUCAGUGACUGUGACCCGCAGUAAGGACCUCGUUGGCAAGGUCCUCCUGAGGUGCUGGGCUUUUAGCUUCUAUCCUCGGGGUACCACCCUGACCUGGCUUCAAGAUGGGGAGCCCAUGCACCAGGUCACCCUUGGGCCUGGGGUCAGCCUGCUCAGUGGGGACGGGACCUACCAGACCUGGGUGGACACUCGGAUCCUGCCAGGAGAGGAGCAGAGGUUCGUCUGCCACGUGGGACACUGCGGGCUGAACACCAUGGUCCCUGCAGUCUCUGGAACUCAAGGUCAGAGGGCUUCCUGUGCGGCUGCUCCUGCUGCGGCUCCUCUCGCUGUGUCCACUGUCCCUGCUGUGCUGUGUUUGGUGGUGGUGGAAGCCUAG